CCGGAAAGGUUUUACGGUUCGCUGCGUUUGUGAAAGAUUAGCCGUCGACCGGCGAGUUAGCCAUUUAACUGUCAUGGGUGCUAUACCCGUGAUAGUGAAGCGCCUGAUAGCGCCUCGCGACGAAUGGCAACAUCUUGUUUCGUUGACCACCGAUCUCGACGAAGCCUUGGUUUCCGCUUCCUCCCAGACCUCUGUCAUAUGCAAGAGAUUUUCAGUGGCAACCUGAUAUUCCAAUGUUCGAGCAGACCAUUCCGGUGGGCUCUGUUGGUUACAUUGAUCCGCUUACCAGGAAGUUUGUGAUACUAUUCAAUGGCAUUGAUUCCUCAUCAUCGACAGACGAGCGAAUCAAAUCUAUCCCCUCUCUCCUUGCAGGAGGGGUGACGAAGCUAGUCUGCGACCCGAAUUUUUCUUCCUUCCCGGACUGGGACCGUGAAUAUGGUGAAGAUGCAUUAUCCGAUAUUGGAACUCUACUGGGAGCUUGGAUUGACUUGAGAUUCAUUCCUGCAAAAUUUAACACAUAUAAUAAAUCGCUCUGUCUCGCUGUAGGACGAGCAUUUGCCAGAGAACUUGUAGGGACCCAUUUCGAUUCCUGGUACCUCGAGCACAGACAGACUAUUAUGGAGGUCUUUGAAGAGGACCAUCCUUAUAUCCGAACUCGUUUGGAACUUGUGACAACUACUGUUGACUCUUCUCAGUAUGCUUGGUUAGCCCGCCUGUAAUACAAAUCAGCGGAAGACUAUGGGCUGUACCAACACGUAAAACGCAACAUUUCAUUUUUUAAUUGCAUUAUCACUAAUACGAGUAUUCUUUCUCAGUUCUAUUUUCGCGUCAACCCCCAAGCUUACCUCAGCCCUGGCAGUCCUUGGGGACAUUUCACGAACAGGGAUGCGAAAUCCUGCGAUUCUCU